AUGGAGGAAACACGGUCCAUCGAUGAGGCUGCCAGUGAGACAUAUGCGGAACCUACCGAGCCAUUGUACGGAAGAACAGACGGCCAUGGUGAUAAUGCACGUACCGAGUCAUCACCCACGGAUCAGCCGGCUGCCAUAGACAACCUUAUUCUUCCCUCGAGCACUUACCGGAGCAGUCGCCAACUGAAUGGACAGCGUGAUAACGACGCCGACGAAGGCGGCGAAUUCCUGAUUCCUCUCACCUUCGAUCCCUCAGAGGCCCUUCGCUCAUCCUCCAAUACACAAUCUCAGCAAGAAUUGCCCCGCGACUACUUUGGCCAAAUCGGAUCUGGCGAUUCAUCUCUCAGAACUUCUCGCGACGGCCGAGAUUACACGUUAGAACCUCCAUCCCGUGUCUCCUCGGAACAUCCAUCUCCCCACAUCGCAUACCAAGAGAAAGGUCGGGAAGCGCGUGAGACCGACUCCAGUCGACGUGACAUGGAAUCCCGAAACGGAUGGACGGAGAAGCCCUCCACAUCUCACUCUGAAAGAGCAGCACGCCUCGGAAAGUCAGAGUCCGCUCGUAGCUCCCGAUCCGAUCUGCCAUUGGCGCUGAGAGACAUGAGUGCUUUCUCUGGAGCGACUAGCCCUGAUAGCAACCGGUCGAAGGAAGUCACUGGGUUGGAUGGUGCUACACCGGGCUCUGCGCGUCCUUCAACCGAGCUACGCAGACCCCACGAGCACACAAAUAUGGAUUCGAGCCGUUCGCAGCCUGCUUCAAGCAUGGCAUACCCACCUAAGCGGGGCGAUUCACUUGAGGGCAAGCACCAUCAGAUCCCACGGAAGGACAUUGGUGCCUCACCUACAUCCUCCGCUUACGGGGGAUCUCCCAGGCUACCUGAUAGCAUCACCGAGCAGCAGAAACACAACCUCACCUUGGUCAGCAACACACUGGACGGCGCGGGCUCGCCGUCCCAAACCCGCUACGGCAGCGAAUUCUCCCAAGACGAUGAUCAAACCAGCGAAUCCUUCCUCCGACGCAUGUCUAAUUCCGUCCGGCAUGGUCGAAGCUUCAGUGACAAGAGUGUGCGCCUCGGGAAAGACAGCAAAUUCCCCCGCUCACCUGCCAAUGGCAGCUCCAUUGGAACGGAUAUCGGCAGCCCUACGGCCAGCACCGCCCAAGCCGAGGAAAUUGCCUGGCUUCGUAAUGAGCUACGCAAGGAACGUCAGCGUGUGUCGGAGAUGGAGGCCGCCGUCCGCGUCACUGCAGAUGUCAAGCAAGUCAACACCGAGCUCUCGGAGAAGCGAUCCACCAUGGUUGUUCUCGAUGCCCAGAGAGAAAUCGUUCUGCGGGAGCUCACGGUCCUAACGGAACAUUUGGAAGCGGAGAAACGUGGUGCUGCUGGUGGACCUCUAGACCUUGGAAAGCUCUCGAACCGUGUCCUUCGUGAACUUGCAGAGUCCAUUCACAAACUCAAGGCGUCCUACACUCCGCAAAUCGAGGAGCUUAUCCAAAAACGCAGUGAUUUGACGGAAGAGCUCGCCAAUCUCAAUCGGCAAAAGGAAAAGACCUUCCAAGAAUUUGAGCAGCUUUCGUCCAAGAACGCGCAGCUGGCCGAGCUGAACAACACACUCGUGCACCAGAUUCAGGGACUUUACAAGACCAGCUCUGAUGUUCACCGUGGUGCGAAUGGACUGGGAAUCAUCUCGCACAGCAAGGACAGAUCCAUUGGCUCGCUCGAAACUCUGAAGCCAUCCAUUGACAGCCUUGCGCCGUCUAUCUCGACUGCUCACAUUUCUGACGAUAUCGAGACGCAGACUGCCACGGCUACAGUUGUGCCUGGCCCUCAGGUUGUUAACUUGCGCAAGGGCAAGUUCAUGAACUGGAAAAAGGGCGGUCAGAAUGUUGCCAAGGGUGUCAAGGGUCUCAAGGGAGCCUUCAUGUCCAGCGAAAAUGCAGAGGGUGGCGGUGGUCUUCCUCGUUCUCAGACACAGGAUCCUAGCCGACAGGGCUUUGGAUUCUUUGGAAACCAACGCAGUAAGCAAGGCGGCAAAAUGUCGCAGGCCGACAGCGUGCCGGUCUUGGCCGAAGCCGUUGGAGGUGGUCUCUUCGGUACGGAUCUGGAAGUGCGCAUGGAGCAUGAGAAGAGCAUUAUUCCGGCGAUUGUUACCCGGUGCAUCCAGGAGGUCGAGUUACGAGGCAUGGAUAUGGAGGGCAUUUAUCGCAAAUCUGGUGCAGCCUCCGCCAUUCAGGGUAUUCGCGACGGCUUUGAACGCUCUCCAUUCGAUUAUGACAUUUCCGACCCUGACCUUGACAUUCAUGCUGUCACUUCUGCUCUCAAGCAGUACUUCCGCAAGCUCCCAAUGCCGCUGAUUACCUAUGACUGUUACGAUAAGAUCAUCGACUCGUCUGAGAUCACACACACCCCUGCACGAGUUGAGCUUUUACAAAAAUAUUUGGCUGAAUUGCCCCGUGUGCACCGCGACGUUCUAGAGUUCCUGGUCUUCCAUCUGAAGCGUGUGGUUGAGCGCCAAGAUGAGAAUCUGAUGACCAGCCAGAAUAUCGCCGUCGUCUUUGCGCCGACCAUCAUGCGGCCUGAGAGCUUGGCCCGCGAGAUGACGGAUGUGCAAAAGAAGAAUGAUAUUCUCAAGUUCCUAGUCGAUAAUUGUCAGGACGUCUUCAUGGGCAUGCAGACUUAA